GGCGCUGUGUGGUGCGGCGUGGCCCCGGCCCCGUGAAGUGGGGAGCGCUGCGGCCUGCGCCUCUGCCCCGCCUGUGUGGGUCUGCCCUGUGUCUGCGGUGCUGCCCUUUGUAUUCUCUCAGAGCAGGGCGAGCGGGCUGCGUGGCAGCACUUGCAGCACUUGAGUGGCUUUGGAGCUGUUGUGAUGGAACGCGAGUCGCGUCCUUGCAUUCUGCUUUUCAUCCGUGAUUGAGCUCUGAGAAGGAUACGCUGGGGUUAAGGACUCUUUGCACCGUGUGCAGAUACGAUCUUAUGCAUAACAUGGUGAUGAAAUGUCAUAGAAAAGGAGAUCAUGAGGCUCAGUGGGAUCUUAACAGUGUGUAUAAGCGCCUGAUGGCAGUGCACAAAGGGUGUGGAACCGAACUCUUCCUGCAAUGCCUAGCAAGAGUGGGAAGAGAUUAGUGGUGUUGAUGAGCAUUAUACUCCAAUCAGAACUUACCAAGUGUGCAAUGUUAUGGAUCACAGUCAAAACAAUUGGCUGCGAACAAACUGGAUUCCACGUAAUUCAGCGCAGAAGAUAUAUGUGGAGCUCAAGUUUACCUUGAGGGACUGCAAUAGUAUCCCUCUAGUUCUGGGCACUUGCAAAGAGACUUUCAAUCUGUAUUACAUGGAAUCUGAUGAUGAUCAUUUGGCGAAGUUCAGAGAGCACCAAUUUACAAAGAUUGACACCAUUGCGGCUGAUGAGAGCUUCACCCAGAUGGAUCUUGGGGACCGGAUUCUCAAGCUGAAUACAGAAGUCCGUGAGGUGGGACCAGUUAGCAAGAAGGGCUUUUACUUGGCUUUCCAAGAUGUAGGUGCAUGCGUUGCCUUAGUCUCGGUGCGAGUGUACUUCAAGAAGUGCCCUUUCACUGUCAAGAACCUCGCCAUGUUUCCAGAUACGGUUCCUAUGGACUCCCAGUCCCUGGUGGAGGUGCGGGGUUCUUGUGUCAAUCAUUCCAAGGAGGAAGAGCCACCCAAGAUGUACUGCAGCACAGAAGGAGAAUGGCUAGUGCCCAUAGGGAAGUGCUUGUGUAAUGCUGGCUAUGAAGAAAGAGGCUUUGCGUGCCAAGCUUGUCGACCUGGGUUCUACAAAGCCUCUGCUGGCAAUGUGAAGUGUGCCAAAUGCCCACCUCACAGCUCCACCUAUGAAGAUGCAUCUCUGAACUGCAGGUGUGAAAAGAAUUACUUUCGCUCUGAGAAAGACCCUCCAUCCAUGGCUUGCACCAGACCACCAUCUGCUCCAAGAAACGUUAUUUCUAACAUCAAUGAGACAUCUGUUAUCCUGGACUGGAGCUGGCCUCUUGAUACAGGAGGUCGAAAAGAUGUCACUUUCAACAUCAUUUGCAAAAAAUGUGGAGGAAGCAACAAGAUAUGUGAGCCAUGUAGUGACAACGUACGAUUCUUACCCCGUCAGACUGGCCUCACUAACACCACAGUGACAGUAGUGGACCUUCUGGCACAUACCAAUUACACUUUUGAGAUUGAUGCGGUCAAUGGGGUAUCUGACUUGAGUACACUUUCUAGACAAUUUGCUGCCGUCAGUAUCACGACUAACCAGGCUGCGCCAUCCCCCAUCACAGUGAUAAGGAAAGACCGGACAUCCAGGAACAGCGUGUCUCUGUCUUGGCAGGAACCUGAGCACCCAAAUGGAAUCAUCUUGGACUACGAGGUCAAAUACUAUGAAAAGCAGGAACAAGAGACAAGCUAUACUAUUCUGAGAGCCAAAAGCACUAAUGUUACUAUCAGCGGCCUCAAACCUGAUACCACCUACGUCUUCCAAAUUCGAGCCCGAACUGCAGCUGGAUAUGGGACAAGCAGCCGCAAGUUUGAAUUUGAAACCAGUCCAGAUUCAUUCUCCAUUUCCAGUGAAAAUAGCCAGGUCGUAAUGAUUGCCAUUUCAGCUGCGGUUGCCAUCAUUCUCCUCACGGUUGUCGUGUACGUCCUGAUUGGGAGAUUCUGUGGAUACAAGAAGUCUAAACAUGGUACUGAUGAGAAAAGACUACAUUUUGGGAACGGCCAUUUAAAACUCCCAGGCCUGAGAACUUACGUAGAUCCGCAUACAUACGAAGAUCCCAAUCAAGCUGUACAUGAAUUUGCCAAGGAACUAGAUGCUUCUAAUAUAUCAAUUGAUAAAGUUGUUGGAGCAGGGGAAUUUGGAGAAGUGUGCAGUGGGCGCCUGAAACUGCCUUCUAAAAAGGAAAUUUCAGUGGCCAUCAAAACUCUGAAAGCUGGCUACACAGAAAAACAGAGAAGGGAUUUCCUGGGAGAAGCAAGUAUCAUGGGACAGUUUGACCACCCCAACAUCAUCCGACUGGAGGGCGUUGUGACUAAAAGUAAACCAGUUAUGAUUGUUACUGAAUACAUGGAAAAUGGUUCCUUGGACAGCUUCCUACGGAAACACGAUGCCCAGUUCACAGUCAUUCAACUAGUAGGCAUGCUUCGAGGGAUCGCAUCUGGCAUGAAAUAUUUGUCAGAUAUGGGUUAUGUCCACCGAGAUCUAGCUGCUCGUAAUAUACUCAUCAAUAGUAACUUGGUGUGCAAAGUCUCAGAUUUUGGUCUUUCUCGUGUAUUGGAAGAUGACCCAGAAGCUGCUUACACAACAAGGGGGGGCAAGAUUCCCAUCCGAUGGACAUCACCAGAAGCCAUUGCAUACCGGAAGUUCACAUCAGCCAGUGAUGCGUGGAGCUAUGGGAUUGUCCUCUGGGAGGUGAUGUCUUAUGGAGAGAGGCCAUACUGGGAGAUGUCCAACCAGGAUGUAAUUAAGGCUGUUGAUGAAGGGUAUCGCUUGCCACCUCCUAUGGACUGCCCAGCUGCCUUGUAUCAGCUGAUGCUGGACUGCUGGCAGAAAGACAGAAACAACAGACCCAAGUUUGAGCAGAUUGUCAGCAUCCUGGAUAAGCUGAUCCGUAAUCCCAGCAGUCUGAAAAUAAUCACCAAUGCGGCAGCAAGGCCAUCAAAUCUUCUCCUGGACCAAAGUAACAUUGACAUUUCAGCCUUCCGCACGACAGGUGAUUGGCUCAAUGGUUUUCGAACAGGCCAAUGCAAAGGCAUUUUCACGGGUGUGGAGUACAGCUCCUGUGAUACAAUAGCCAAGAUUUCCACAGAUGACAUGAAGAAAAUCGGUGUUACAGUUGUGGGACCUCAAAAGAAGAUUGUUAGCAGUAUCAAAACUCUAGAAACUCAUACGAAGAACAGCCCUGUCCCUGUGUAAGGUACCAAAAUGGCAUCGUUGAGGACAGAAAAAAGAAAAGUUGCAUCAAAGGGCAAAAACGAUGGCUGAUAAACGGCAUGGUUUAUCACUUUGCAACAGUUUUGGAAACAUAAUGGUUGAAAUUUCAAACCCACUAAGACACUCGAAUAUUGAGUAUAAAUGCCUUAAAAAUAGGAGCGAACUUGUUUUCUAUCUGUUAAUCCUAAAGGGUGGGUGCUCUUAAAUGACUGUUAAUGCAGAUAGUAAAUUUCAAAAGAAAAAAAAUAUGUAAAAAAUCCUUCCAAGUAAAAAACAAUGAUACUAAAAUCUAGAGCCAUUUGAAUAUUAAGUGACUGAAUAACACGAAAAACCCAAGGACAAAAGCUGUGUAUUUGAUCUAUACAGCAAACAAGAAGAAAGAAAGACUUACAGUAUUUUUAUACAGAAGAGAUCUGUAACAGGUAUUUUAUUUCUUUAAAAGCAAGGAAAAUAGAGGACUAUACCUCACAACCUGUCUGGCCGUAUUUACUAUAAUGUCUUUGUAACAUGCUAUUUGAGCUUAAGAAACGAAUACAGAAAUUAAAUUUGUAGUGACUGAGUUAGUUGGCAAAAGAUUUUCACCAUUAUGUUAGCUUCCCUAAUUGUGUUCAUUUAAAUAGAAAAAAAAAAGUCUUAAUUCUUAAAAGACUUAUUUAUUUCCUUUGUUUUUUUUCCAUUAUUGUUUAUAUUUAUGCUUAAAUACCUUAACCUGGCUGUAUUAUUGACAAGUGCCAAAUGUUAUCAAAACUUCAUUGUUUUAACCUGACAAAUUGUGUGAGGGUUACUUACUUGAUUAUUUCACACUCACAACAUCAUAUAGAAAGUAUAGAAGGAAAGAAAGAUGGUCUUUUUUAUAGCUCCAACCCUAGGCAAAGCAUCGGGACUUGCUGAGAUUUCUUUCCUUUGCAGUGAGUGAUUUUUUAACCUGGGCUUGAAUUCUGGCAGAAUUGCAUGUCCAUUGAUCUCCAGAUCAAUACCUGGCCUGGCCAACCACAUGUAUUUCCUUUGCUUCCCAAAGGCCUGAUUUCAUGUCAGAUACAGCAAAGGACUGCUGUCUUCAGAUCCUGUUCAGGUGGGAGAUUUGCCUAGCAAAUGUAAGAGUGUAUCCUGCAUGAUCUGAGAGUGCUUUUUGAGCUUGCUGAGGAACUAUGCAUUUCUGUCUUCCAUCUCAUGGGCUCUGCUCCCCGUGCUGGUAACUGGGAGUUGUAUUACCAUGUAGGCAGCCAAGAAUGGUUGAAGAGGAUGAUUUAAGCUCCUGCAGUGGGAGUGUGGCUUGUAAUUUUGCCUAAUUCUGAUCCUGAAGACCUCUGUCCAGAUGCUGCGAUCCUUCAGAGGCCUUGCUUUUUGGUUCAGGUUCCUUGGGCACCUGUGUUUGCCACUCAAUAUGGCUGGAGCCACCUCAGUCUUGACAGGGCUAAAAAUUAGUUCAUGGCCUGUUGUGUGGCAAUGUGAGAGCCCAGAAACCACAGCACUUGCAAGGGUGUGCUUUGGUAGGUGUCCCAGUAUAACCAAAACCAACAGACUCCAUCCAAAAGGUAUUUAGGGAGACCAUUCACAUUUCCUGGUUGAAAAAGGAACCUAAAGGAGGGGAUAAGAGUCUUCCCCCAUCUUCAGCAUCUUCCCAGUAGUGAGCUCUUAAUUUCCUGAGUAUGUUAAUCCUGGCUCUGAGCAGACACAGCUCUUUCCUCUGAAAAUGAGGUUUUUAAGUCGCAGUGUGAAGCAUUUCUAGUGCUGCAUACAGGCCAGUUUGUUCAUGCCCCCCUGGAUUUCCACCUUGCCAUUUUUAAAUUUAAACCUGAUUCUAAUGAGUAACAGUGAGUCACUGGCAGUCCAAGACUGGAGGCGAGGCAGACUUGUGUGUGGCAUGCCACCUUCUGCUGUGCAGUUAACCUUGUUGUCUACUUUUCUUUGUAGUGUUGGUCUGGUUUUUGAAGCUCCUUGUAGCACAGGGCACAUAAAUAAGGGAAAAAUCAGUUCCUGGGAUUUGUGUGGCUGAAUCAGCUUAUAAAUUGUUUUUAUUGGGUCCAAGACUUUCCAAAUGUAGAGCAAAAGCAUUUAUCACACAUUAAUAAAUAGAAGCAGAGUUAGGGGCAGUGAGCGUGCUGUAAAGGAUUGCAUUUGAAAUGCACCCACAGGAUGAUAUUUAGUGUUUUCUGAAAGAAAAAGUGAAGGAGUUUUAAAGUAAGUUGAAAUAAAAAAUGUAAAGUGGAAAAAAAAAGAAAAGGAAGCACUUAUGAUGCAAAGAAGACUUCUUAUGUACUACAAUCUAUUGUGAAAUACAGCAUGCUAAAUACAAAAGCUGUAUUUUCAGUUGCUUAGUUCACCCAGAAUCUUUCUUUUGCUCAGUUCAAGAUUGCUCUAUCAGACAUUCCUGGUGAAUUUAAAAGUUCACUAAAAUCCAUUUGCAGACAGUGUGUGUGGGGACAGUGUUUUCCAACAUAUUUCUCCUGACGUUUCUCUUCAGCUUCAUUCUGAAGAGUAGGGGAGGAUGGGCUGAGGUGGGAGGAAGAGGCCUCUGAAAUGCUCCUGAAAACACAGAGCUGGUUCUUAGAGUUUUAGAUUAUAACUGAAAAUUUAGCACCAACCACUCCUAAUCUUCUCAUAGUACCAUGUCAUGUUCCUUGCCCACUAUUUGAGCAUGCUCAGCAUAAGAAAUUAAAUCUUACUGAUGCUUGGGAAAAAAGAAACUCAUUUUUGCUUUUCUUUGCUAUUAGGAGUAGAGUGUUUUAAAAUACAUUUAGUUUUUUUCUCCCUGUCAAAAGUUGAUUUUGUACUGUAAGUGGCCUCUGUUGCAAGCAUCCUAUACUCCCUUUCCCCAUGUACAUAUGUAUACAUAGCAGUGUACAAUUCUUCAUUGUGGAGUAGAGAUACUAGAAUUUGUGUGGCCAUCUUCCUGUACAGGACUUGCAUUGAUUACCGACAUCAAGCAAAAUGCAACAGCUCAUAAAAUGUCGUAUCAUAUUAUUGGGUUUGUAUCUUUAAAUAUAGUUUCCAUUUUAUUUAUUUCUGUUAACAUAUCUAGUUUUGUGCUGUUACUUAGCAUUCAAUAAGCAAUGUAUAGAUGUGAUUUGAUUGGCAAUAUGUAUUUACUUUAACUUGUAUUUCAAAGCAUUACUUACUCAUUUAGUUUAUAUAUUGUGCAAUUGUAGAUGGCCUCUUACUAAUGUAAAAUGAUUUGUAGUGGAAACAUUUAUAUUUUUAUAAUAAACAUAAUGAAAGUAUUUUUUACAUACUGGAAUACUGAGGUGAUUGCUUGGAAGACAAAGUAAAUUUAUUUGAUUAGAAAAGUGUGAUAAAAUUGUAAUUAAAUAUGGAUAAAUUCUGAGUGUUAAAGCAUGGGUUCGGAGUGAAAGCUAGAUAUUGCCUAUAUUAUCUGUUAAAAGAAGCAAGUAGUGCAGGUUCUAAAUAGACAGACCAGCAUUUGUGCUAAACCGACUUACAUCAGUCAAAGACUUUACUUUCUCCAUGGAUACAGGAAAACAUCGUCUACUACAGCCUGCCUAUGGGAUACUGAAAAAGCUGUCAUUUAUUUUAGUUGUGUCAACUAUUUCCAAACUUCUGCAUUUUUUCUUCCCUUGCCAGUGGACCUCUUUUCAUCUUAUAACUAUGUUAAAUCCAGUAAAAGAUGUAAUUUUCAACAAAAUAAAAAAGCCCACCACUUACAGUAGUUUAACCCCA